AUGGGUUCACGCCACCGCAGUCGAAAAUAUGACGCGCCCAAAUUUAUGGCCUCGGAGAUCCGAUCUCCCCCAAGCGGCUCUUAUGCACCUACUCGCGUCUCGAAAAGACAGGCGCCACCAGCCGAAUUGUCAGGGUACAAAAUCUCAUCGCGCAGAGAGACUUCCGCCAUAAUCGAAUUGGCCUCCGCGCUGAGCACGCCGGGGAAAUCUAGGCAGCCAAACAACUUCUUGUAUUCGGGCGAACUCCACAAGGUCGGCCUCCAACUUGCCUCUAAGAUCAGCCAGUCAAAGGCAGCUGGGAAAGCUAAGGCUGAGGUACCUAAACCCGGGAAACUCCAAGUCACAGUCCUCGAGAAGGGUUCCUCGUCUGCGCCGCUGUUUACUCCCCUAAAGGAGAUCCAGAAGAGCAUGCUGGAGACGCAGGAUAGCCUCGAGAAGCUUGAUGACAUCGAUUCAGUCUCCGUCCUCGACGUUGUGCGGCAAUGGGAAUAUGCUAUUCGUAGAAUCGCGCAGAAGUUCGAGAAGGUUGAGGAACAGCGCAUAUUCGAUCUUGCAGCAGCGAUCGACCGCGACAAGAAGCGCGAACAAGUACACAAGCAGCAACUAGCUGCAAAGGAUGCAGAAUUCGCCGAGACCUUUGAACAGUGUAUCGCGGAACUCGCCAAGUGCGAUAAAGAGAACACGACCUUGCGAGAGAGCCUCGAGAGGCAUGAAGAGAGGCAGUCGGGCUCCGAGAAGCAGAUAGUCGCCUUGAAGGGGGGUUUUGAAAAGAGCGCCAUCCUCGAGCAGGAAGAUAUCGAGCGUCAUAUCAAGAAGAAAUAUGAGAAGACACUGGCGCAUGAACUCGGAAAGAGAGACGAAGAGAUGGAGAAGAAGUCAGAGUACCAACAGGUUGCAAUCAGGAAAGAAAUGGAGGAGAUUUUUGACCUGAAGACGACGGCCUGGUUUGGCAAGAAGCAAAGUGCAAUGCCACCGCUUCCGACACAAUCGCCUUCAGCCACACCUGAGCCGAAGGUCAAACAGGUAGCGUUCACGCCAGAGUCUAUCGAGCAUAACGUGAACAAGAAGUACGUAAAGCAAAUCGAGCAUAACCUUCAGAAGAAGGAUGAAGAGAUGAGGCCGGGGUCAGACAAGCAGAAAGAAGAGAUGAAGGCAGACUUCGGAGCGAAGAUAACAGACUUGAAGCAGGAGUACGAGAAGAAGCAAAAAGAGCAUAUAGCGACUGCCACACAAACCGUACCGUUGCCUUCAACCUUACCUGUGCCAGAGAUCGACCCGGGAGCGAUCACGCCAGAACUCGAGCCUUCAUCGACUCUUCAGGCCUUGCCGCCUUCAGCAUUGGUAUCGUCCGUGGCUCCUGGCAGGAAGCGUGAUCCUAUGCCAUUAACAGGAAAAAGAGCUUACGACCACUUCAAUAUCUCGCAGACAUCUAAUCGUGUACUACGGGAGAAGCUAUGGAAGAAGGAAGCCAACUCCCACCUGCGCCAACAGAUCAAGGAGCUUGAGAAGGCAGUGCCGCCAACCGAGACUAAUCCACAUGAGCACUACUCUUCCUCUUCGAAGCCUGAGCACCGCAAAACUGACGACGACCCCAACGUUAUCGACAGUGCCCAACCGAAGCGCAAGCUGGUUGCAGAUGACGGCGCAUCUACUACGACCGACACUGCUUCGCUCAAGCGCAAGCGGACCGCAGACAAUGAUGAACCCGCUGCCAUCGACACGCUCUCGCCGAAGAGACCUCGCACGUUGCUCAAGCAGACCGGACUAAAGUCAGAAGCUCGAGCUAUUUCUAUUCCCGCAAGCCAGCCUCUUACUACGGCUUCGUCCGAAUUUGCGCUCCCCACUCCACCAGAUAAUGCAUCUACUGAUGCUUCCGAUCUUGAUCAAGGAUUCAAUGGCAUCAUUAGCACUGCGCAGCUACAGAAGCCUCAUAUAUGUGACAAGCCCACAUCAUUGGCCCCAACGCCAGUCGACCGUAAAGAGUACCCCGUGCGAUUACAAGCGGCAAAGAAGGCUAGGCAGCAAGAAAAAGUGAAGAUUACACUCUUUCAGAAUACCCCGGCACCGACACCGGCUGCUUCGAAAUCCGUACUUGCGCCAGAAGUUGCAGCAACUGAUGAGAACGGCCAACUCACAGAGAGGGUCAUCAAGGUUGAGGGUCUAUGGUCAACAUCCUACCACGGUCUUCUUCGGUGGAAGACGCUCAAGGACGACAUGAGCGAGGACGAAAUAUAUGAACUCUCGCCGUUCUACAACCCACCACCUCCGUCCGUGACCUAUCAUAGUCUUCCUCAGUGGCAGACUGUUGAGGAAGACGAGGAGCUCUAG